GUUGUGUAGAAGAGAUACAACAUGAGUGAGACGCGGUAGCUCAAAUAAAAGAAACACAAAUUGAACUUAGAAAAAUAAAUGGAACAUUUUUCAACUCAACUUCUGAAUCCACAAAAGAAAUUAGACUAAAAUCUAGUUCAAAUAAAUUUGCCAAAAUGAAACAAGAGAUGAGAAACCAGUAUAGAGUCGAAAAUAGCAGCAUGUCUUCAUCGACAGUGAUACGACAUCAUCACAAACACAACUUGAAGAACAGGUUUGAGCUAAAGAAGACGCUCGGCCAGGGAACUUAUGGGAAAGUAAAGUUAGCGGUGGAAAAGUCUUCAGGACGUGAGGUGGCGAUCAAGUCAAUACGCAAGACAAAGAUCCAGAGUGAGCAGGAUCUGCAAAGGAUACGACGUGAGAUUGACAUCAUGACAUCUCUGAAUCACCCACAUAUUAUACACAUAUAUGAAGUGUUUGAAAACAAAGAGAAGAUUAUUAUACUGAUGGAAUACGCCAAUGGUGGGGAGCUGUACGAGUACAUUAAUGAUAGACACCGUCUGAAGGACAGCGAUUCACGGAGAUUCUUUCGCCAAAUUGUCUCUGCAGUAGAUUACUGCCACCAGCAUGAUAUCGUUCAUCGUGACUUGAAGUUGGAGAAUAUCGUACUGGACUCUCAGGGUAAUGUCAAGAUUGCUGAUUUCGGUUUGUCAAACAUCUACAACAAUGACUCAUUACUGAACACUUUCUGUGGUAGUCCUCUCUAUGCCUCACCAGAAAUAGUCAAUGGCCUGCCAUACUUUGGGCCUGAGGUCGACUGCUGGAGUCUAGGAGUGCUGUUGUAUACAUUGGUCUAUGGUGCUAUGCCGUUUGAUGGAAGUGACUUCAAACGCUUAAGACAACAGAUAUCUGAUGGGGAAUUCUAUGAGCCAUCAAGAUGCUCAGAUGCCAGCAGUCUUAUUCGCCAUCUAUUGACCGUCGAGCCAAAUAAGCGUGCCACUAUAGCCGAUAUUGAUAAACACUGGUGGGUGAAUGUUGGCUACAAAACCUCACCAAUUGAAGAGCAGUUAAACACAGAAGACUUCAACAUACAAACUUACAGAGCUAGAAAUACUACAACUCAUGAAAACACUGGUGCUCAAAAUGUUGCUCAUAACAUAGAUAUCAGGAUAGACUGUGAGGACAAUGAAAUUCCUUCAGCAACAGUAUCUUCGUAUAAUCAGCCAAGUGAGCAAGAUGAAAAUGCAGACAUUGAUGAGUGUUCAGCCCAAUGUGAACAGUUACUAGAAAAUGAUGAAGCAAUUUAUCUGAAUGAUGACAGCCAUGAUGAAAACACUCCACCAGAUAAAGGUGGAGACAAUUCACUUAAUGUACUAAAGCAAUCACAAGACCAGAGUAUUGACUCAAAAUCAACCGCAGUUGUGAAAUCAUCACUAAGAAUCGAGAGCCCUAUAUUUGAUUCAAACAAAAAGCCCAAAAGAGGUAUUUUGAAAAAUAGCAAUAAUCGGCCAAAGAAGUAUACAGGAAGUGACAGUGGUUGCGUGUUAGAUGAUAAUCUACCACAAGAAACUCUCGAGAAAAUUCGAUCUAUGCAAGAUGAAGAUUAUGAAUCUCAAACCCCUCCUCUCUCUCCAGGAUAUGAAUUGCAUGACAUUGAAGCCAUAUUAGACAGCUUAGAUAUUACAGAUGAUGCUACCACACCAGCCUCACCAGGUGACCUUGACAUUUCCCAUAAUGCAUUUGAUUUUCCUUUAACAGCAGACGGCAUAGUGAAACAAGCUUCAGCUGGAAAAUAUGAGAGUGUGCCUCGUGAUAAAACAACAAAGAAACCGAAAAGUAUUCUUAAAAGAAAUGGGAAAUAUUCUGGCUCUGAAAAUGAUCCAACAAAGCGCUACAGUCUCGGUAGCACAUGUUCCAACUCAUCCGGAGAGAUUCUCAAUGAGAUCUCAGAACCAAGAGGGAUCCUGAAACGACCAAAGAAAAAAUUCUCAAAUUCAAAUGAUCCAACAAAGAGAUACAGCUUGGGAAGCCAGGGUUCAAAUUCCUCUGGCGAUAUUCUUGAUUUCUCUUACGAUGAAUUUGAAAUUGACACUUUCAUGCUCGAUAAUGUUUCUGGUGUUGCCACAGAAAGUAUUCAUUCUACAACGUUAUAUAAUGUGGAACACAGUGACUUUAUAAAUGACACCUUUCUGAACGAAAGAAUUUCCUCCAAUACAGUGGAAAUCCAUAAAGACGAUGUGAUGAACAAAAUCGAUCAACUUGGAGACUCUCUAAAUGGCAAACUUCAAAGAAGUAGCUAUAGUGAAAGUAAUAUAAAUGAAAUUGAUGAAGCUAGAGAUAUAUGUGCUCAAGCUUUAGUUCUCUGUCGCACUUUUGACUCAAAGAAAUCUUGAGAAUAUGAGAAAUUAUAUAUUAUUUGGCAACUUGUAAGAAAAGAUCAAUUCAUGAUUUCUUCAUAAAAUUAUUUUCGACUUUCGUGUCAAAAUAAAUAAUCUCAUGUGUUUCAGAUUUCAUUUGGUGCAUUUUCUUUGGUACAUUUAAAUUUGGUGCUAUAUUAUCAAUGUUAUCAUUAUCAAUGUGACAUAUUAGAGCAUAAUUUCCAAUAAAACAUUUCAAUGCUUGAAGUUAUAAAGCGUUAAAAUUAAUUUUCAUGAAUGAGAUUCAAUGUAAUGAUCUCUUGAGAUAAGAAUGCAAUUUUUUCAAAGCAGUUCAGGGUGAACUUGAGAAACAUUAUAUAGGCAACUUUAGUAAAACAGUCCUAAACGCAGCCUCAGAGAAUGGCUAAUCCUUCAUCAAUUUAUAUGGGGAGAUCCCCUUAUUUUGUAAAUUUUUCUGAGGCUGUGUACUGGAUUUUCAUAGUUAUAUCAAAUGUCUGAAGUAUAGUUAUUAACAUUGUAUAUGACCGAUUGGGAAUGGGAUUUAAUUCCAUUUUGUGUAUAUGAUAUUUAUUGUCCCCAAUAUGGUAGCUUAGUAUUACUAACUGUUAGCUUAAAGCCUGUGUUCAUAAACAAACGAGAUGCAUAGAAGUCCUGAUUCUUCCCCUAAAAACAAAACAAAAACUUAUUCGUGGAAAUUUCUUGCAAAAUUAUCUUAAAUAUUAUUUUAUAUCUUAGCAUAAUUAUAACAAUAGCAUACUAGUACAGAAGGACAGUUUCCAUAUAUUUCAGAGUAAAAGGGAUAAACUCAUAGAGCAGAACUCUGCAUAGAAGCAUAGCAUCAUAGGUCUUGUAUUUGUUCUGUAAUUAUUGUAGUCGGUAGUUUUAGCUGUAGAAUGCUGACUAAAGCUUUUUAUGUUCAUAUAAUCAGCUGGUUCAAAGAUAGCGUAGUAAUGAACUCAAUUUAUUUGUUGAAGUAACAUUAAACUUAAGAAUGGGUAUUUUGACUCUCACCCACGAUGAUGAUCUCGCCACUGUUGUACUCAAAGUCUGGGAGAAAAUAUUCUUGUUCAAUGGGGUCCACUUUUGGAAGAUUUGGUCAAAAGUCAUUGUUCAUCAAAAUGUAGACAAUGGUUUUCUUG